AUGGCCCUCUCAACCAGCACCCUCUUCACCCUCGCCAUCAUCCUCCGCAUAAUCCUCUUCACCUACGGUCUCUACCAAGAUCUACACUCCCCCCUAAAAUACACCGACAUAGACUACCACGUCUUCACCUCAGCCUCCCAUUACACCUCUCAAUCACACUCUCCAUACACACGAGAAACCUACCGAUACACGCCUCUUCUCGCAUGGCUGCUCCUCCCCACCACAUUCACCCCCGCGUUUAUAUUUUUCCACUUUGGGAAAAUCUUUUUUGCAUUCUGUGAUAUAGUCGCGGGGUAUUUACUCCAUGUGAUACUUAUGGGGCGAGGAAUGGAUGCCGGGCGAGCGGGCAAGUAUGCUGCGAUUUGGUUGUUGAAUCCGAUGGUUGCGGCGAUUAGUACGCGGGGAAGUAGUGAGGGGAUCUUGGGGGUUUUGGUGUUGGGGUUGUUGUGGGCGGUGUUGGAGAGACGUGUUGGGUUUGCGGGGUUUUUGUUAGGGUUAGGGGUGCAUUUUAAGAUUUAUCCGGUGGUUUAUGGGGUUAGUAUUGUUUGGUUUUUGGAUCGAGAGACUAUGGGGGGUUUGAAGAGCAGAAAAGUUUCUGGGAAAGGAAAGAAGGUGAUAAAGGAGGGAGGUGAGAAAAGCAGUGAGGAUGUUUGGGGAAAGAUCACGGGAUUCAUAAAUAGUGAGAGGAUUGUAUUGGUGACGACUAGUUUGAUGACAUUUAUGAGUCUCAACGCUCUUAUGUAUUACAUGUAG